CUCUAGAAUAAGUAUCACCGCUCAUCCUGGGCUAAGCGGCCGCAGGUGUUGCGAUGUCUUCGCAAAUGACUCCCUUCGCGGAAAGUUACUCUGUCGUCUCCACGGGAAGGGUCUGCGGGACAGCGAGUGCUUUUAGUGGGGCGCAAAGUGCAAGAUGAGGCCGUUCAAGAAAGAUAGAAGAUGAAGCACAACGUUGUCUGUCGCGCUGAACAGUUGGCACCUCGUGUGUUCCCGUUGGUUUUUCGAUGGCAAUCCCGUCGCGCGUUGAGGCGGAAAGUCCGCGGCAAGUUGCACGCUAGCGCCUUGGCAGACAUCCCUGCAGCCUGGGACUUGGCAAGGGACUCAUCCAACUCUCCCUCACAUAUAACCAUCUACAUCAAGAACAACGAGUGAAUGUAGGCUCAAAGUAAGGAGCCGCUGAAUGAUUGCACAUGUCAUUACGGGCACCAGAAUGGCAGAGACUGCCGAUUAGUCUCACGGAACUCUGCAUAAACACUACUCUCCGUUGCGGCCAAUCCUUCCGUUGGAGAAAAUCCGCCGAUGACGAAUGGUCAUGUACCCUGCAUGGUCGUAUCCUGACCCUCCGCCAGGACUCUGAAUAUCUUCACUAUCGAGCCAUCUUCCCUAACUCCACUCUCCCCUCGCCUCCUCCUUCCAAUACCUCCUCGGUCGCGCCGUCCGUAGCACCAGAGGACGAUGAUACGCUUCAGCUAAUCAAACACUACUUCAAUUUGCGUCCGAAUCUCGGUCGGCUGUAUGAGCAAUGGGCUGCAACGGAUCCGAAUUUCAGGAAACGAGCCCCCAGAUUCGCUGGAGUACGCAUACUGCGACAGGACCCCUGGGAAGCACUCGUCGGGUUUAUAUGCAGCAGCAACAACAACAUCUCACGCAUAUCCAGCAUGGUGGCAAACCUAUGUCUCCAUUACGGUCCACUCAUUGGACAUAUCGACGGCGUGCCCUACCAUGACUUUCCCACACCAGAAGCCCUUGCUCAACCAAGUGUUGAGGCUCAACUGAUGAAACUCGGGUUUGGCUACCGCGCCAAAUAUAUCUACAAGACUGCGGUCAUGAUUGCUGGCAAAGAGAACGGAUUGGCUUGGUUAGAUGAAUUAUGUAAUCCGGAAUUUCCUUCCUUUGGUCGCGAAGUCAAGAACGCAGGAGAGUGGAACGAGGGCGGUAGAGAGGGCUACAGGAAGGCACAUGAGGAGCUUCUCGCUCUACACGGCGUGGGUCCCAAGGUAGCAGACUGUGUAUGUCUAAUGGGGCUCGGGUGGUCGGAGUCAGUCCCAGUGGACACGCAUGUGUGGCAAAUCGCGCAGCGGGACUACAAGUUUGGCAAAGGAAAACAUAGUAGUCUGACUGCAACUACAUAUACAGCUGUGGCUAAUUACUUCCGCAAGUUGUGGGGUAAAGAAGCGGGCUGGGCACAUUCUGUGCUCUUCACUGCGGAUCUGAAGGCGUUUUCCGAAAGGCUCGUGGCAAAGACCGAGAUCAAGGACGAGCAGCUUUCGAUAAAGCUAGAGGAGGACGCUGUAAGUACUGAAUUGACAAGCAGCGCCACCAAAUCCACGAGAAAGAAGGUCAAGCGCUCGGUCAGUGAGAGCGAGCAUCUACUCUUAGGAGUUGAGGAGAAAACGGUGAUGCGGCGGAGUAAGCGUCGAAGAACUUAGGAACACAGGGUUACCAGAGGUGAAUCAACCCUGCGGUGAGAGCUUAAUACCACCUGCAUCCACUCCGCCUUCUCCACGCUUCGGACUUGCGCACGGAUUCGCACCGUUUGGCCUCUACCCACCCUUCAAACAGCCAGUGAGAGCCAACACUUCGUACACAUUGAACCUCCACACGACUCCUUCUCAACCCAACAACGAAGUAUCUCUGCCUGAGGUGUCAUCAUGCGAUUCCUUUACCUCUUGCUGCAGCCGCUCCUGCUUGGAGUUGGCAAAACUGCUUCACUUCCCCACGGGCCGGUCAAU